AUGGCGGCCAUCAGUACCUUCUUCCUUCGCCUCCUACUAAUCUCCUUCGUGCCAGCCCUUGUCAUGACAAGCACUGUCUUCGAUGUCGAGUUGGUCCACCGUGACUCACCCAAGUCACCACUGUACAAUAGCUCGAUGACGACCUUCGAUCGCCUGCAGACCGCUGCCCUUCGCUCGGUCAACCGAGCUAGCUACUUGGCCAAGCGUAUCGCCAUGAAGACCUCCACCGUCAUAGAUGUCCGCGUACACUAUGAGGAUUGGGAAUUCUUGAUGGAGUUCAGCAUGGGCACACCAAACCCGCAACAUGUGUGGGGCAUUCUCGACAUCGGCAGCGAUCUAAACUGGGUCAACUGUCAUUGCGAUGAUGAUCAGAUGUGCGUGUACCAUUACUCCUACGCCGAUGGCUCCAACAUCGACGGAAUGUUCUCCUCGGACACCUUCCGUUUCUACUCGUCAGAUACAAAGCAAUUUACAUCCAUUCCAAAUAUGCUAUUCGGUUGCAACUUCCGGUCCUUUGACACCGGCGACAACGACUUCGGUAGCACCAUUGGGCUCUUCUUGGGACGCGGCCAUACCACUGUCACCGGAAAGGUGACUGUCACGUCGCUCAUGACACAAGAUACUGACUAUGCUGUGCAGCUUAAUGCCAUCUCUAUCCCUGGUGCGUUCAACAUUGAUUACCAUACUAGGAGGUCCAAGUUAACGGCCGACAAUAUUAUCUUUGACUCCGGCACUUCCAUGACCACACUGGACACUCAAGUGGUGGAUGAGUUGGUGAUGAAAUUGACGGAUUAUGUUAACUUGCCAACUGUAAAGCCAGAAGGAGAAUUCAAAUUAUGCUUCGAUGUGAACUCGACGGAACAAGAGGAGGAGUUGCCAGGGAUGUUGUUCUCAUUUGCGGGGGAGUUGGGGAACUUCAGUGUGAGCCCUGAAAACUUGUUCACAUGGUUUGGUGCGCAAGUGAAAUGCAUGAUGAUAUUGGGAACGAAUGAUAUACAAAUCUUUGGGAAUAUUAUGCAGAAAGAUGUUUUGGUUGGAUAUGAUCUAGAAAAAAUGGAAUUAACCCUUACAGAGAAAGAGUGUAUCUAG